AUGGAAGAGCCUGCAGCUCCCUCUGAACCCCACGAAGCAGCCGGCGCCUCAACAGGUGCCCAGGCCGCAGGUGAGGGUGCCCCGGGGCCUAGCUACCGCACGCGCCCGGUCUUCCGGCGUUCUUCGGCUGGAGGCCCGCCCCCUUUCGGCACGUCACGUCUCAGGCUUGCCUACGCCUCCGGGGGCGUGGCCAGGCCUGGGCCCAGCUGGCUGCAGAGCCAGCGGCGCCCCGGCAGCUGGACAAAGCAAGUCAUCUGCAGGUAUUAUCGGCAUGGGAUGUGCAAGGAGGGGGAAAACUGUCGCUACUCCCACGACCUCCCGGGCCCGCAGGAGGCCGGGGAGGGCCGCGGGUCGCCGCCUGGCGCCGCCGCGGAGCUAGGCCUCGGCGCGGCUGCGCACUACGAGCCGGAGCCCUUGCCAGAGGAAGGGGAGGAAGGGGCGUGCGCCCCUCCUGCUGCGUCUUCACGCUCCUUGCCUGUGAUUGGCUGGGCUGCUGAAGGGGGCUUCUUUGAAGCUGAGACAGACUAUGCAGGCCUUGAAGCUGCGGGGGGAGCAGGUGCAGAAGGCUGGGCGGAUGCCACUGAGUUUGUUCCCGGGGAACCCUACUGGGGCCGCGGGGCCCUUCCUGCCCCCGAGGCUUUUCUGCAGAGCUCGGUGACUGAGAGGGAGCACAUGGCUGUGGGCAUGGGGAGGCAGCUUUGCCGCGAUGCUGCCAUGGGGCAAUGCUUUCGCGGGGAGAGCUGUGCGUAUCUUCACGGAGAGAUAUGCGACAUGUGUGGGCGGCAGGUCUUGCACCCUGUGGAUGCUGCCCAGAGGGCAGACCAUAUACAAGCCUGCAUUGAAGCCCACGAGAAGGAUAUGGAGCUCUCGUUUGCUGUGCAGCGCAGUAUGGAAAAAGUUUGUGGCAUCUGUAUGGAGGUUGUCUGUGAGAAAGCCAACCUCAGUGACCGCCGCUUUGGCAUCCUCUCCAACUGCAACCACUCCUACUGUCUUAAGUGCAUCCGCACGUGGAGGACUGCCAGAGAGUUUAGGAACAGGGUUAUUAAAUCCUGCCCUCAGUGCAGGGUCAGCUCCCGCGUUGUCAUUCCCAGUGAGUACUGGGUGGAGGACAACGAAGAGAAGCAGAAACUUAUUCAGCAGUACCAGGAGGCCAUGAAAACCAAGACCUGCAGGUAUUUUGCUCUAGUCGGGGAUUGCUGCCCAUUUGGAGAGAAGUGUUUUUACAAGCAUGCAGACCCUGAGGGCCAGGGAGAGGAUCCUGAGAGUCAGGGUUCUGGGGCAUCCAGCAGUCAACAUUUGGAGCCUGAGCAGGUGGGAGAGGGCAGCAUGCCCUUUAAAAACAGUACAAAAGAGCUUGUCACGCUUUGGCUGGCCAGUUUGUGGUUGUGUUUUCUUUCACUGGGAGAUAAUGAGCUCCUUUUCUCAGAGAACCCGUGGGACAUGUUUCAUUGGGGGGCUGGGGAAAGAUUUCAACUUGAAUCUGUGGCAUGUGGUGUAGUGUGCUGAUGCUCUGUGCUGAUGCUGUGUCAUCCGCUGUUGCCUGUUUUCCGUUUAUAGACACAUCUACCAUGUACAGCAGCUGUUGAAGCCAUUUUGAUGGAUCAUUCAUCCGUUUUCUUGCCCAUCCCCAUUCUCUCCCCCUAGGAGUGUGGUGUUUCACAAAAGUAACAAAAAACCUUACUUAACGUUAUUGUUUGGUGAAAUGCAUAUUACUGUCAGUUUAUGGUUUAUUUUGUCAUCUCUGUUUUCAACAGGAUUGACUCAGUUCUAGUCUAGUGUUUACAGGAUUUCCACAUCGAGAGUAAAUGUGACAAAGGAACUUUUUGCUGCUACAGCCCUUAUGAAAUGGACCCUCGGGGGGCCUUGUGCAGCUGCUCAUCUCUGCUGUUUACAUGUCUGUUUCUUUCUUGAUUCCUUUCAAGUGCACUUUUUAACUGUGGUUACCUUGUGGUUUUGUGUUGUACUUGACCAGAACCAGGUGUAUAUGUUUACAUGUUUUCAUCCUGCUUAACUUGAUGUGAAAUUGUUCAUAUUUGGAAGUAUA